AUGUUCCAAUUACGUGAUAGCCUGCUUCAGUUGGGUGUAUUUGAUCUUCGGUUCUAUGGACCUAUUCACACAUGGACAAAUAAAUGCGAUGACACCCCAAUUGCUAAGAAUCUUGAUAGAUGCUUGAUCAACAGUGACUGCCUCACCAGUUUUCCUAAUGCUACUGCUACCUUUCUUCCCUCGGCCCCUUCAGAUCAUGCACCUUGCCUUAUUGACCUUGCUUUCCAACUUCCCAGAGCCAGUACCCAACCCUUCUGUUUCCUAAACUACCUAACCAAACAUCCGAGCUUCCUGGAAGUUGUUACAAAUGCUUGGUUGCUCGUCGGAAGUGUGUCUGCCAACCUUGCGUCUCUGUGUUGGAAGCUGAAAAAUAUAAAAAGAACUCUCAAAUCUCUUAAUAAAGAAAAUUACUCAAAUAUUCAACAGAGAGUUAAUGAAUCUUACCGUUUGUUACAGCUUGUGCAGGUACACGCUCUAACUGAUCCAACUCCUCAAACGUUUGCAGAAGAACAUGAACUGAACCUGAAAUGGCAAUUCUUGAGGAAAAUAGAGGAAUGCUUCUUCCAGCAAAAGUCUAGGAUAAUGUGGCUUAGGGAAGGCGAUUUGAAUACAACCUACUUCCAUCGUGUCUGUCAAGUGAGAGCUAACUUCAAUGCCAUCCACUCGUUCCUUCUACUAUUUGGUGCUAUCAUUACUGAUCCGUUAGAGAUGAGUGCUCACGCCAUUUCCCAUUUCAAGGCCGUACUUGGCCCUGAUCACCUACCGUUGGUUUGUUGUACCCCGUCUGAUUGGUUCAGGAGUCUAACACCGUUCAGAUGUAGCCAUCAACAAAGGAACAUUAUUUUCUUGAUGCCUACAAAUGAAGAAAUCACUAAACUUAUGUUCUCCCUCAACCCAAACAAAGCGCCAGGACCUGACGGGCUUAACGCUCGUUUCUGA